UCUCCCAGUAUUCAAAAAUCUCACGCACACACAAAUUUCCCUGUCAGACAUCACAAAGUGGAGGGACACAAAAAAGGGUUUGAGAAGAGAUGGAGAAAGGAGUAAGGCAAAGUAUAGGAUCAAAGAUGGAGGAACUUAGAUUAACAUGUGAAAGGGAUUUCCCCAUUCAACAGCAGCGUAUAAAUGCAGGCGCCACCUCCUUUGAGGAAUCCCUGCAUUCAAUCAACACCCAAACUCAACAAAACCUUCAAUUACAAGGUUAACUUUUCGAAAUGUUAAAUUUCGAUUUCUAGCGAGUCCAUUUUUAAAAAGUUCAAUUUUUCGGGCGCGCAUUUUCAGUUAAAUUAAAAUAUCUACAGCUUUGAACUUUCUCACUGUUGGAUUGCUAAUUGGUAUAUUUUUGCUUUGAUACUUUUGUCCCGGCAGCAAAAGUUGAGAAAUUGAAACUGAUCUUAGAGAGGCGGAGGAUAAUUUAGUAAAAGCACUUGCAGGUAUAUCAAUCUCUCACACUUUAUGUGUCAUACUUCCAUUAUUAGAGCCCGUUUGGCCAAAAUGCCAAAAUUUGCUUAUUUUAAAAAGGCAGAAUAGCUUAAAUAACAUUUAUAUUUGUGCCAUUUUGUCAUGCCAGUCCCCAAACUUAACAAUAUACCGAUUGAACACUUCCACUCUUUUAAACCGUGUAUAAUAAAUACUUAUAACAGGCUGCCACGUCAAAAAAUUACAAUGCCUAGAUGCCAUGUCACGUGGUAAAUUAAAAAUAAUUAAUCAACUAUUCAGAUGCUUUUUCGUUUCCUCUUAUACUUACCCCAUUGUCUUCUUAUUUUAUGUUUCUACUGUCAUAUGGGUUUUAGAUCCGGAACUUUGGCCGGAAUUUUCGCCCACAGUGACUCUUAUAUUGUAUUGUACCUCGUCGAUUGGGAGGUUGUCACUUCACGACAGGUGGUGGAAAGGCCAACAUAUCGGUGAGAGUUAAGGUUUUGGAACUGGAGGCGGCGGACGAGGCCUUGAGGUUUUUUAGGAUUUGGAGGAUGACGGAAUCGGGUUUUAGCUUGGAUUUGAAAGGGAGGGCGUUGGAAUCAGAGUCGGAGUCGUGAGCUGCUCGCCGGCGUUCUUCUUGUCCGCCAUUGAUGACAUAGAUUACGGCGGCGUUAGUGGAUAAGUGGAGUUAAGGACCAAGGAACUGUGUUCACAGAGCUUAAUCGGAGGUAAAUUGAAAAGUGGGGGCGUAAAAUCGAAAAGAAUAAGACCGGUGAAAAAGAUUGGCCAUUCAAACACCAUGUGAAUCAAGAUAUUCACUGGGUUGCUAUGAUAUGCGCCAUAAAAUGCAAACUGCUUCUCUAAGUCAAAUAUUCCCAUACUUUCCUUCACCCUAUCCUCCUUCUGCCUUUGCUCCUAUAAGUAAAAACCCGAAAAGAGGCAAUGAGAAUAGCAAUAGCAGACUCAAUAUCUGCUACAACAGCUAGAAUGGAAAAACUUAGAGGGGCUUUGGAAGAUAAAAAGGCCAGGAAACUUGAAUAUGCCGCCCUAAUAUCUCAACAUUCUGAUGGUAAAGUUUAUCCUUCUCUGGAAGCAUUUCAAGAAAAGCUUAACCAGAAUACUGAACAUAUAGAGGCAAUAGAGGAGGCUACUCUGUGGUACAAUAAGGUGCUUGAUUUACGUAUAGAAUGUGGCCAAGGAGUAAAAUUCAUCUUUACUAAUGUAGAUGCCAACAAUCCAGAUAAGGAGUACUCCUUUACUGUCCGUCAUGAGGAUGAUGUAUAUACUUUGAUUGAUUGCGAUCCACAACUGCAUGACGCAAAAGAGCUGUUGAUUGAGUUAAAUAAAAGUGAUGGACUAUUCAAGUUCGUCCGGACGAUGAGACUGAAAUUUCUAGAAGCUGAAGCACAUGGAUUAACAUCUCAAGAUCAGGAUGCUACUACAAUCCCUAUGCCUGCCCCGAUUUCAUUCAUUUCAACUGAUAUUAGUGAUGAAACUUCACCCCAGAAAGAGGAGCCUCAACCUGAUGAAUAUAAGAGAAACUCCAUGAAGCUUGCCCGCGGUAAACGGGAUAGGUCAUCCGUCCUCUCUCCUGUAUCUGCAUCAUCUAAUCACCGGUCCCCUCGUUUUAAGAGACCACCUAUGGCUGGAAAUGGUUAUUUAGACCUCAAAUUGGAUUGGGACUUAACACACACAUGCAUGAGAAAAGUCAGAACAUCAGGGAAAAAGAAUAAAGAUAUGCAUGUGCUUGAAUGAAGCUAGUGCAGCAACAUGAUUUUGAAGUGUGGGAUACUGUUGUCGCAGAAAAACAUGAAAUAAGAAAUUUAGAGUUAAGAAGUGGAAUCUGCAUUAGAAACAUCAUUUAUUAUCAGUGUCAUUUAGGCUUUUUCAUUUUAACACUGUAUAAUAUUAAUGGUUCGUCAACUUGGAGCAUAUGAGGAAUAUGAUUAUCUUUAAUCUGUAGGUUCAAUACUUCAAUCACACAGAAUUCAUAUGUCCAUUUCUGAGCUAAACACAUUUAGUCCCUCCCUUGCACGCUAAAUAAAGUUUUACAGGAAACAAUUUACAAACAUUUUCACUAAUUUACACCAUUAGAUGAAUAAUCACAGAGAAGUGAAUUAAUUCGAAACAAUUUUAUUCAUUAUGCCUUCUCGUGAAUGGUUUUUGACCGAAAUAUCUAUUAUGUAACAUCAUUGCUUAAAUAAUCAUCUCAUAACAUCAACAAAUUCAAUUAGAUUGAAUUUGAAAAAGCACUUCAUACAGAAUGAGUACCUAACGAGCAAAAUUUUCCUAUUUGGAGGUCAAGAAAUGAUAACAAUUAGCCUUUUGUUUCAUCUAAGUUUGUUGAAGCACCUUCUUGAAGUUGAUCAGCCAUCAUAAGCCUUAAUUGGCCAGCACUGACCAGCAAAUACUCCCUUUUCACUUUAAGUGUCUUACCAGCAAAUACUCCCUUUUCACUUUAAGUGUCUUACUUUUCCUUUUUGGUCUUUUUAAAAAAGGAUGCUACCUUUUUAUAUUUUGUAAGUUUAUUUUUUAAAUACGAAGUCUCAGGUUCAAAUCACAGCAGAGGCAAAAAAUACUAGGUGCUUUCUCCUCAUUUGCCCAAGUCUUGUUUGCAGAAUUACCCGGUAGCUAUGUUGAUGGGAGGUAGUAGCUACCUGGUGGAAUAAUCGAGGUGCGUACAAGCUGACCCAGAAACCACCGUCAAAAAAAAAUUAUUUAGUUGGUUUUUAACUCCAACGUUCUCAUCUAACCCUUAAUGUCACUCCUUAUAGGAUUGACAUGGCAUGUUUAAGACCACAACAUUGUAAUAGUAUAUUUAGUAAGUUAUAUACACCUUUAGUUUAACACCUUAAGAUUUAGAAGUCUUCACUCUUCAUUACAUUCUUAAACUUUGUACCUAGUUGAACUAAGAUACAUAAAAUGAAAUGGGAUUUUAAGUACCUAAAGAGUGGAAAUUAACGAGCCAACAAUAAUGAAGGGGAUGCUGGAGCCUCACAGCCUUCCUAGGGUUUGAAUUAGCUGACUUUGUUUCCUAGGUCUAAAAGACUUCAUUGAUUUUGCUGAAGUAUAUUAUCACAGCUUUCAAGUUAUCCAUCCGAUUAUCCUUUUAUUUAUUUUUGGCCUUUCUGUUGGUUGUUUCUGCAAGGCCUUAUAGUGUACUCCCAUAUGUUUUAAUCUUGUAUCUAUUGUAGAACAGAGACUGCUGAGUGUUGCAGUUGUUUUUUAUCUGGUCCGUCUACUCUUUAUCUCAUUUCUAUUUUGGGUAUGAGUAAUUGAUCUGUAUCCUAUUGAUGGAAAGUUGAAUAGCAAGAGAGACGAGCAUCACAGAUUGAACACUCCCCCAACUAGUUUGGGAUUGAGGCUUAGUUGAUUGAUUGCUAACAAUGCAACAGUUGGUAGUAGGAAUGCAACCAAACAUUUCUUUCUGUAAUAUGCAUUUCAUUUAAUGAUAAAAUCUAUUACAUUAA